AUGGGCAAGUCAGCUUCCAAAGAGUUAAACAAUGAGGUCCUAAGUGAUCACAAUGAAUACCAGAAGCAGCCCGGAGUCACCCAACUGACGCCCUGCAAGAAGCUCAACCAAGUGGCUCAGCAGACACUUCACAGCCAUGGUCUCAAAGAAUACAAAGAAGAUGGGAAUGGGAAAGGCAUGUGCAAGUGA